AUGAGUAAAGGUACCCACAAUAUCCCUUUAAGUCAAUUACUUACACAAUCCCAAUCACAGUCACAAUCACAAAAUACUAAUCGUCUUGCGUCUAUUAGAGGUGUUCAACAACCAACUACGAAACUUCAAUUCGCUCCAAACACAAACGCGACGAAACCAGAGGAAUCUCAGACAAAAAAAGAUGAAAAGACUCAUCUGAGAGUCAAAAGAGAACAACAAAUAAAGAAAACAGUCAUUCCACAAACACAAAGAGUAUUCAAGCCACGACCAGCUACUCACGGGGAAGGUGGACUCGGGUUCUCUGGAAAAAGCUCGUCAACAGCAACACAGAAUUUGGUGCUGGAUAAAGUCGGGAAGAAAGAAAAGAAAACACUCCAGUUGAACCCCGAACUCGACUUCGACCCAUGUAACCCUAACCACCCUAUUUCACUCCCACUCAAAAAUCCUGAAGAUAAGGUCGUCGAGGAAGCAAAGAAAGAAGAUACCACAGCUAUUAAAAAAACUUACUACACGCCACUCGAAACGUUGGAAGAGAACCCAAAGAUACUGAACUUCCCAUUACAUACAGAGAGUGGCCUUUUGUACGAUGAAUAUGUUAUGAUGCAAAUUCCGUCGGUUCUUCCUUUGAAGUCAACUCAGAUGGAGGAAGAGAAAAUUGAUGAAAAGAUCAAUCAAAAGAUCGACCAACAGAACAAAGACGAUAAAAAAAGCGUUCCAAAAGAGGAAGAAAAAGCAGAGGACAAAAUUCAUGAAGAGCCAAAGGACAUCGUGCAGAACCCACUCAACGGAAUGUGCGGAUACAUCGGCACAAUUCAAUAUCGAAAGAGCGGGAUCGCAACAAUGAAAAUAGGAGGAGUCACAUAUCGACUCACCAAAGGAGCAAAACCCCACUUUUUGGAAGAAGCAUGUGUGGUCUCACAAGCCAAAAAAGAGGUGUAUCGACUUGGAAGUAUAUCGCAGCACGUAGUGAUGGUUCCCGACCUCGAACAGUGUCUUGAUUGA